AUGUCGAAAACAGCACCCCCCACGCCUAAGGUAUUCCCAACAUACCCCGACCUAGCAGGAAAGGUCGCCCUCAUCACAGGCAUCGGCCAAGUCGGACGACAAGACGGCGAGUUCUGGGGCAACGGCGCCGCAACAGCGCGCCUCCUCGCGCGCAACAGCGUCAAGAUCUUCGGCUGCGACCUGCACCUGCACGCCGCCGCACGCACCAAAGAGCGACUCUUGAACGAAAACGCAAAUGCAGUGAUCGACGUGAUGGCAGCUGACGUGACCAGCUCAUCCGACGUCGCAGCGCUCGUCGCCGCCGCAAUGCAGCGCCACGGCCGCAUCGAUAUCCUCAUCAACAAUGUCGGCCAGACGGCCGCCGGAAACCCGGUCAGCAUGUCCGAGGACCUCUGGAGUCGCCAGAUCGACGUCAACCUGACCUCCGUGUACCGGCUGUGCCACCAUGUUCUGCCCAUCAUGCAGAAACAGGGCGGCGGGAAUAUCGUCAACAAUGCCUCUAUCGCGGGUCUGCGGUAUUUAGGCAAGCACCAGAUCGCGUAUGCGUCAGCCAAGGCGGCUGUCAUUCGGUUCACCAAGGCGCUGGGCGUUAUGUAUGGACGCGACAAUAUCCGGUGUAACUGCGUCGUGCCUGGUUUGAUGUAUACUCCUCUCGUGGACAACUUUGCGCGCAGUGACAGCGAGGAGGAGCGGGAGACGGCGCGGAGGAUUCUCGAUCAUAAUUGUCCCAUGGGGUGUAUGGGAUCUAGCGAUGAUGUGGCCAACGGUGUUGUCUGGUUGUCGAGCGGAGCUAGUCGAUAUGUGACGUCUCAUGCUUUGGUCAUCGAUGGGGGUAUCACCGAGAGCACUGGGACUGGUUUUGGGGCGCGGAGCGUGCUGUAG